AUGCACCAAGUGAAGCUGUGUCCCUGCGUGAAAUCGGGUCAGAUGAACCGAGCUAAGACGAUUUUAAGUCGCCUGCUGGACUCUACCAGUGUGCUAGAACCUGCCUUGCCCGUGGCUGUAGGAACUACAGCCAACUGCCUCUCACCACUCAUUGUCAGCACAUCUGCCUCAUCUAGUCAUUUGGAUCUUGCCUGGCUGACUAGAGGGGGGGCUGCUGGCAUUACCAACCACUUAAGUUGGCACGGAAGCACGAUGCAUCAUCUAGGUGGGGCCAGUGCUGAUGGCUACAAGCCGGCAGGAGAUCAGAACCUAAAUACAACCUGCCAAUUUGAUGCUACGGGAAUGUUUCACUGGUGCCCAGAGAGGAAUAUCAAAACAUGCCUUUUGGACGACGAGCAACCGGCAUCGACGAAAAAUUUCACAGAUCACAUAGUUGUCUGCAUCUUUGCUGACUAUCGUAGUCCUAUCAUCGGACUGAGGAGUUUUAUAAUGCCACUUAGGGCCAGUAAUCUUCACAUUCACGACUUGAAAACGGUCGUUCUAGUUGGAAAUUUGGAUUACAUCAAAAGGGAAUGGAAAACAUUGGCAAAUUUUCCAAGAAUAUGGGUUCUUCCGGGAUCUCCUUUAAGCAAAGCAAAUCUACGGUCAGUAAACGUGAACCUGGCUUCCAUGUGUGUCAUCCUUUCUUCAAAAAGCGAUAAUACAAUUGAAGAUCUUACUUUGGCUGACAAAGAAGCCAUUCUUUGCUCACUCAAUGUGAAGGCGAUGGACUUUUCAGACCUGGAUUCCAUUUAUGCGGAACCCGCCUGUGCGCCAAUCAAACACUUGACUCUUCGACGAGAAGAUAAUAGCGUAAAUUCUUUCAAAAGACCAUCACGAAAUAGAGUACAAAACCUGAUUCUAAGCAAGAGCCACCAUCAGUAUGGGAUUGCGCAGCCCGCUGAUCCGAACAUUCCAGCUGUCUUCUACCGACCGCCACGAUUCGUCUCGCGCAACGGUGCUACUAUUCCCAUGGCAACGGAACUUGCAUUUGAUAUGAAUGUACAAUUCCUUGACCAAGAAGAUGACGAUGAAGGUGGAGAGCUAUUCAUGACACAGCCCUUUGCCUGCGGAACAGCCUUCACCAUAAGUGUCCUAGAUUCUCUUAUGAGUACAGCCUACUUUAACGAAUCAGCGUUGACACUUAUUCGAUCGCUAGUAACGGGUGGAUCCACACCUCUGUUGGAGAAGAUUCUUGCUGAAGGUGCGGGAAUGCGUGGUGGGAGUACAACAUCAACGAGUAGAGCAUGCAGGGAACGAUGUCGGCUGGCACAGUUAACUUUAACUGGGAAUACACUGGGGAAAUUUGCGGUACAGGGGACGCCCUUUGAAAAACUUUUCCUUGCCGCACUGCGGGAAUAUGGCAUCCUGAUCAUUGGUAUCUAUCGGCUUUUGCGCUGGUGUGACCUGGAUGAUGGGAGUCCUGUCUGUCAUCGGCGUUUUGUGAUUACCAAUCCACCCCCCAGUCUACCGUUGCAUCCCACGGAUUGGAUAUUCUGCCUUGUACCGCACCAGCAUAUUUUAGAACCAAGUCAAGUGCACAGAGUUUGA